AUGAUGGAUCAAGAAAUUGAAAAUUUAGACGAGGCGAAAUGUUUAUGGGCAACAUGUGCAGCAGUGUUUCAUUCAUUGGAUGAACUUAUUCCUCAUCUUUCAAAGCUACAUGUAGCAGGUCGUAGUAGAAGUAAUACCUGCAGAUGGGAAUCAUGUUCCAUGGAGAAAGAAGGAAGUGAUGAGUUGAUUAAACAUUUAUGUGCUGAUCAUUUACAAGCAAUGGGUUUUAGACAUGGUUGUAAAUGGCAGGGUUGUGCUUUACGAUUUGGUUCUUUUGAAGAAUUAACGGGUCAUGUCAGUGAAGGUCAUAUUGGAUCAGGUAGAAGUCAAUAUAUUUGUUUUUGGGAAAAGUGUGAUCGUAAUGGUCGUCCUUUCACACAACGACAAAAAGUUAUGAGACAUAUUCAAACACAUACUGGUGAUAAACCAUACCAAUGUACAAUUUGUAAAAAACGGUUCUCAGAGGGUAACAUUAUGACACAACACAUGAGAACUCACACGGGAGAAAAACCAUUUAAAUGUUCAGAGCCUGCAUGUGGUCGCGAAUUUUCCAUUUCAGGAGCUUUAACUAUUCAUAUGAGGUUUGCUGAAUCUUCAAAUUUAACAAAACAUGUAUGA